CGCCCCUGCCACAGGGGACAGGCCAGCUCUCGUCGAUGCCAUGAGCGAUCGCAGCUGUCGGCUGGUGCGGCGGGGGGACUGCAGUGACGGCGCUGGUGUCUGUUGCGAACUCUCUGUGGCGACAUGACAGGGAUUCCUUUUUCGAAUGUGUCGUCGCUUGUUUCGCGUCGCGACUGGAUGACAACUUACCGACAGCCAUUCAAAUAACCUGAAAACCUGCAAACUAAUGAAAUUAUUGUUUGAAAUCAAACCCGUGAAGUAGCCGAAAUCAGUGUUUUAGUGAUUCUGUUUUCGCCCGCUCAUCCCGGAACGUAGAGGUUAUCGUACUGUGAAACAUUAAUGCUUUGGUGCGAGUGAAUGUAAUUGAUGUGCUGUAUCGUGCUCGCGGCGUGCGAAGAGUGCUACUUGGUCGUGCUGGGUGCGGUACGCGGGGCGCUGCGCGAUGAGCGUGUCCAUGCGCUCCCUGUUGGUGGAGGGCCCCCAGCUGGCGAGGCCCCGGGGCCCGUACACGUAUGCUAGCACGCCGCGCGCGCUCUACAACAACGCCAAGCUGAGGAGGGACCCGUCAUGCGGCAGCCUGGCGCCGGGCGCGCCGGCCGCAUCGGGCGCGUCGGGCUACUCCAACGUCAUGCACGACAAGCGCGUCGUGCGCGGGAGCACGUUCAGCUCGCACCCCCACGCCGCCGGUGAUGGCCUGGAGAGCAACGCGGCGCGCGCCGCACGCACGCGCCGACGCGCGCUGGCGCGCCGCGCGGCGCUGGCGCGGCUGCGGCCCGGCACGCCGCCGCCCGCGCCUGGGCGCCGCCACCAUCCCAUACAAACGGAAUACUACCUCGAGGAGCUGUUCGACAAGGGCGUGGAGAUGGAGGUGGGCGUGCAGACGGACCUGUUCGCCGACCGGCCCGCCACGCCCGCGUACGCGCCCGCCAGCACGGGCGCCGACGCCGCCACGCAGAUCUGCCCCGGAGACCUGUUCGACUUCGACCUGGAGGUGCAACCCAUCCUGGAGGUGCUGGUGGGCAAGACGGCGGAGCAGGCGCUGGCCGAGGUGGCGCAGGAGGAGGAGCUGGCGGCGCUGCGCGAGCAGCAGCGCCGCUACCGCGAGCUGCGCGACGCCGAGCUGGCCGAGCGGCAGCGCCUCGCCGCGCAGGACGAGCGCCUGACGCGCGAGAAGGAGCGGCGCGUGGCGGAGGCGCGCGCGGCGCGCUCGGCGGGCGAGGAGGCGCGCGCGCGCGUGGCGGCCGCGGCGCUGGUGCAGGGCUACGUGGCCGAGCUGCUGCCCUCCGUGCUGGCCGGCCUGCGCGACUCGGGCUACCUGCUGCGCCGAAUGCAGAGAGGUGUGGAAGAAGAGUUCAUGCCGUGGCUGGUGGAGGCGGUGUCGCACGAGCUGGAGGCCAUCAUCACGAGCAGAGACGUGCUCACCGAAAUUGUUCGUGACGUGGUGGAGGCGCGCGCAGAACUGUACGCCGCGGCGGGAGAGCGCGACGCGCUGCGCCACACGCCGCCCGACUCCCUCACGCCGCCCUCCGCUCCCGAGGAAGCAGAAUUGGACGAGUAGCGGUGCCCCGCGCGUCCGCAAGUCGUCAGCGAGGACGGAAGCCGACCACGACUCGACC